AUGGCCGGAGGCGAAGGGCGUCCGCACAAUAAGAUGACUGUGUUAAUCGUGGCGAUGGUAGGAUAUCCUCUCCUGGUCCUUGGUUCGGAGUUCUUCAGUCAUCACGUUCAAGGUCAUCGCUGUGGGACGUCGUUAGCAGUCGCCAGGGUCUCUUCGCUAACGACCUGCGCCGCCCUCUGCAAUCAAGAAUCUCACUGUCAUGGUUUUAACCUGGAGGUGCCCGGUUCAAGGCUUCGAUCCUGCCAGGUGUCAGGAACGUCUUCGCCCUGCUCUCCAGACCCCAACUUCAACUUCUAUUUAUCCGGCUCUGUAGUACCGUCAACAUCUACAACAGCAGGGCCAGCCAUACUGAAUCCUGAAACAACUUCAGCCGCGCAAGAUGUGCUGUGUGAACCAAAUGGCAUAAACAGUGCCGUUGUCGGCGUAGAUAUUGGAAACAGCCUGAAAGAUGUAAAAAUGGUAUAUAUGCAAGACAUUCCUCUUAAAGGCACACCUGAGACAGAAGUAGGACUGGGAGGCAUAUGCGCGCCAAACCAUGUGGUCGCGAGCGGCAUCUGCGAACCAGGUGGAAGCUUCGAAUGUACGGAGGUCGCAGCUGAUGUCGUGGUCACCGACGUCUGUCAUUCAGUGUCUAUUACCAACUAUGGCGCGCACUGCGCCGACGGUGAAUUCGUCACCGGCUUUUACGGCACACAGCAGAGAGAUAAGAUAGGAGACAUCAAAUGCUGCUCCGUUAAUCAGCCGUAG